AACAUAUAACUUCUCUUUUGAGGUCUAAAGAUGGAUAUGGUGAUGAAGUUGGGAGCAGAAAGUCCAGUGGUGAUUUUUAGCAAAACCACUUGCUGCAUGUCUCACACUAUCGAAACCCUAAUCCGAAGUUUUGGAGCAAACCCUACAGUUUACGAGCUCGAUAAACUUCCAAAUGGGAGGCAAAUGGAGAACGCAUUGAUUGAAUUAGGGUGUCAACUAAGUGUGCCAGCAGUUUUCAUUGGGAAAGAUUUUGCUGGUGGUUCUAAUGAAAUUAUGAGUCUUAAUGUUAGAGGCAAACUCAAGAAUUUGCUUCUUAAAGCUAAUGCAAUUUGGAUAUAGAGAUCAAUUUGCUAAAACUAGCAAGUAUUCUAGACCUUCAUUUCAUAAUACGUAGUUCAUAGUAGUCCCAGCAGCUAUAUAUAGAGUCUUCUAGAAGUAUUUGGUGGUUGUUUUAAUCACAUAGAUAGUUUAGUUAAAGCUUAUACUAAUGUUGAUCAUAUACAAUAAUUUCAGUUCUCCGUUAAUUAAUAGAAAUAAUACA